AUGUCCAACCUCACCCUCCCCGAACCCUUCGCCUCCAUCCCCCGAACAUCUCUCCUCCUCGGCCCCUCACCAAUCCACCCCCUCCCCCGCAUCACCGCAGAUUUGGCCAAGUCUUCUCCCCACCACGUCGCCAUCUAUGCCAAGCGGGAUGAUUUGAAUUCCGCCUAUGCCUAUGGCGGCAAUAAGACCCGCAAGUUGGAAUAUCUCCUGGCUGACGCCCAGGCUCAAGGGUGUGAUACCCUGGUUUCCAUUGGUGGGGUGCAGAGCAACCAUACACGACAGGUUGCUGCUGUUGCUGCACGGUCUGGGAUGAAGGCGAGACUCGUGCAAGAGCAUUGGGUUGAUUGGGUUGAUCCUGGCUAUGAGACUACUGGUAAUAUCCAGUUGUCCAAGUUGAUGGGUGCUGAUGUGAGGCUGGAUCCUUCUACCUUUGGCAUUGAGCACAAGUCUACGGCUCAGGCCGUGGUGGAGGAGUCCAAGAAGAAUGGAGAAAAGCCUUAUUAUAUCCCGGCGGGGGCUUCUGAUCAUCCGCUGGGUGGGUUGGGCUUUGCACGUUGGGCCCUGGAGGUGAAGGAGCAGGAGAAGGAGAUGGGCAUCUUCUUUGAUACGGUGUUGGUGUGUGCUGUGACUGGAUCGACUUUUGCUGGCAUGAUUGCUGGCUUCAAGUUGUUGGAGCGCUUAUACCCCGAAGACCCCAAGCGCAAGGUGAUUGGUAUUGAUGCCUCGGCCACCGUGGAGGCCACUCGUGCCCAGGUGCUGCGCAUCGCCCAAAACACGGCUUCCAAGAUUGGUCUCACGGCGGAUGAUAUCACGGACGAGGAUAUCAUACUUGACGACCGAUACCACGCGGGUAUCUAUGGUAUCCCCGAUAAGCAGACUUGGGAUGCCAUUGAGUAUGCUGCUCGCAUGGAGGCCUUUAUUACCGACCCGGUGUAUGAGGGCAAGAGUUUUGCCGGCAUGGUGGAUAUGAUUCGUCGUGGUGAGAUCAAGGCUGGCAACAUUUUGUACGCCCACCUCGGUGGGCAAUUGGCUCUCAACGCUUACUCGGAGCUUGGCCGGACCAGCGAGUAG